CCAAGGCUUGACCUUAUGGAUUCCCAGCAGGAGGACCUGAGCCUCCCUGGUGUGUGGGUCUCACUGUACUUCGGCUUCCUGGGGCUGUGUUCUGUUGUAACCGGUGGCUGCAUUCUCUUUCUGCACUGGAGGAAGAACUUGCGGCGGGAAGAGCGUGCCCAGGAGUGGGUGGAGGUGAUGAGAGCUGCCACAUUCACCUACAGCCCACUGUUGUACUGGAUCAACAAGCGUCGACAUUAUGGCAUGAACACAGCCAUUAACACAGGCCCUCCCCCUACUGUCACCAAGACUGAGACUGAGGUCCAGAAUGCAGAUCCUCUGUGGGAGCUGGACAUCCCUGAGAGCAGGAGCUCUGCUGCCCAAGACAGCAGCCCCAAGGUGGAGGUCCCCACCCUGCUACAACCUCCGCUGCAGCCCCUACCUUCCCCCAUGCUGCCGUCCCACACCAGUGACCCCAUUCCGAUUCCCGUCUUUCAGGAGGUACCCUUUGCUCCUUCCCUGUGCAACCUGCCCCCAAUGCUGAACCACUCAGUCUCCUACCCUUUGGACACCUGUCCUGAGAGGAAUGUCCACUUCCAUUCCCUCCCCACUAUGGCCCAUGGAGACCACUGCUUCAGUACCAAGCCUCUUGCUUCAGAAUUAUAG